GAGGGGGAGAGAGGGAGAGAAACAAGAUGGUGUGUUGACGUUGCCUUUUUUUGUUUUCCACCUCGCCUACUACAGACUCCAGUGUCUUUAUCUCUGCAUCAAAACAAAACAAAAGUCCAUUCUUUUUUUCUUCGCGGGCUUUUUUCUUACCAGAUACUUUAAACAGAGGGAGCAACAACACGAGAGGAGAGAAGAGAGGAGAGGGGAGGUCUCUAACAGCGUGGGGGAAAAAAAUAACGGUGUCUUUAAAUGGACUCCCGUGCAGGUGUCAGUUUGAGUAGUGCAGAGGCCACGACUGGUUCAGAUUCGGAUGACGAAGAUCAGCUGCUCAUAGCGGAGGAUGGCACAGAGUCUCCACUGCUGUGUUGUCCGCACUGCCAGCUUGCGUUCAAGCGUCCGAGCUCGCUACGAGAACACGUGAAGACGUGCACAACGGAACACGGUCAACAGAUAAACGACAAGAGCUGCCCCGUGACCACGGCGACCGCUAACGAGAAGCAAGACAUCUACUCCUACUCACGUAUGAUUUGGCAGUCUGGUCCUGGCCGCAAGUUUAAGUGUGACGAGUGUUCGAAGGCCUUCAAGUACAAACAUCAUCUUAAGGAGCACCUCAGGAUACACAGCGGAGAGAAACCGUAUGAAUGUGCGGUCUGCAAGAAGCGAUUCUCCCACUCCGGAUCUUACAGCUCCCACAUGAGCACCAGGAAAUGUGUACCGCCCACCUCCCCUCCCCCGCAGAAGCAAGCCGUCGUCAUCUCCACCGCAACCUCUCAGACUGUGGCCACAUCCACCUCCACUGCCUACGUUCUGAUUCGCGAACGCAAGGAGGCGGGACCAACUCUCAGCCAACCAGCUCCCACCAACACCAACACCACCAACCAACACCCAAUCCGAUGGGUCAAAUCCGAAUCGGACGAGCUCUCCCUCUCCCUCUCCCCCGACCCGGCCUCCUCUUCCUCUCACACCCAGAGACAGCCAAUCAAACGCCUGCAGUCCGACAACAAUCAGGAAGUGACUGGAUCAAGCCAACCAGUGGUACGGCUCCAGCGCCUGGACAGCGGGAUCUCGUUGGACGGUUCGCAGCUGACGGACGAGGACGGUUCUCCACCAGUCAAACGGCUCAAAUCACAACCCUUAGGCGUUCUAAACCAGCCAAUCACCAUUAACUUUAAUGAUCUUCAAAACGCUGUCAAGUUAGCGACGGGGAAUAGCCUGGUGGGCUCGAGACAAGGCCAAGUUAUACUGGCGGCCACCGCAGCCAAUGGGAAUCAGCCAGGGGUGGGGUUAGCAGCGAUGCAAGGCGGCGGAUUGGUCCGCCACCAGCUGGUGGUGCUGGCUCCACAACAGCAGCAACAAGCAGCAGGUGCUGCCAGCAACCAACUGACCAACACCACGGCGAUGAGCCAAGGAACUGAUUCGUCCAAUCACAGCCAAGUCGGAGCAGCAGUCACACAACAAGUGCCAACACCAACAGCCAAUCAAAUCCAAGUCCCCGCCAGUGGGCUACAGCCAUUGGUCAGCUCCAGUCUGAACACCAGCUGUCGAAUCCAAGGGGGCAUGUUGACGAUGACAUCUGCCAGUGGGGUGACGGGAGGACUUUCAACCAAUAGCCUUCAAGGAGAGGCGGGCACUGUCUUCGCAACAGCCAAUGGGCUCAACGCUUCUGCUCUGGUGGCGUCGGGUCAAGCAGGAAGUGCGAAGCAGUACUUCCUGGUCCAGCAGAACUCCACUACCCACAAUUCACAACUGCUUCCCGGUUCACAGCUGCUUCCUGUAAUCCUCAAUGCCACCACCAACACUUCCUCUGACAGCCAACAGGGGGCGGUGCAGCAGAACUUCGCCCUAUUGGUCCACUCCAAAUCCAAUCAAACCCCAUCAGCCAAUCAACUUGCACAGCUGGCGAGUCAAGCCAGUCAAGCUACCCAGAAUGCAUUACUUGUGAGAAAGGUCACCAAUAGCAACAGUGGCAACAAUGACAGUAACGGUAUCAAUGAUGUUGUUGCUAGGCAACCACCAAAGACUGGUGAAGAACCGGCUCGACGGGAAGAAUGCGUGUCUAAUGAAGGCAGUGAAGGCCAAGCCUCAACGUCUGAUCCUGGAGUGGGGAGUCACACAGGAAAUGAGCUCACAGGAAAUCCGGAUGCCGACAACGGAAGUCCAAGCCGCAGCGCAUCGCCACAAACGCAUAGCAAUGUCCACAAUCGAAGCGUCAAUAGUGAGGACAACACAAGCGUAGAAACGGAUCCUGUCGGCAGUCAAACUAGCAGUAUUAGCAAAGUCAUAAACGACUUGGAAUCCAUCGUGGAGGAAACCAACGCCCUUUUGAGUAAUCAAAAGAAAAAGAAUAGCAUUGGAACAUCUCAUCACCCUGACCAUGAGGGUAUUGCCAGCGACAACAAACGUCAAUCAGGAAUUGAGGUAGAGCGACUUCCUGUUGACGUUCACCAAGCAGGAAGUGACAACAGUAGAAGCAAAAGUCCUGUGGACAUGAUGAUGGAGGACGAUGACGGUGAUGACAUAUUCCUGAGCAGCAUUGAUCACGAGAUUGCGACUCUGCUGAAUGGGAGCUAUGAAGAAGAAUCAGGAGACGACGAGGAAGAGGAAGAGGAAGAAGAAGAGGAAGAAGAAGCCCAGAGUGUUCAGAGUUCCACAACUUCCGGAACUCGGACAGAAGACAUCCCACCUUCGGAAACUCGAACUUAUCAGACUCGGAGCUGCCGACAAAGCAGAGCUAGGAGCUCUCAGGAAUCGACAAAAGAAACCACAGAUGACAGCCAGGCGGCUAGGAACGUUCAAGAAGGAGAGAGUAGUGCUUCUCAAAGUGAUAAACGCCAAGUCACCAGGAGUCAGAAAAGCCAAGGAACCAACAACAGUGUUCAAACGCUUAGGAGCCAAGGAACCAACGACAGUAUUCAAACGGUUAGGAGCCAAGGGAGGAAGAGUUCUCAAACUGCCAAUCCAACAACUCCUCUCGAAACUAGCAAAGCGAGUCAGCCGACCAUCAGUGUUGCGACAAAACAAGGAUGCCCAGACGACGACAAAGCAAGGUCACGUGAAGUGAAUACCGUCAACAGACCCACUACCAGAUCAUCAACCGUGUCAAAACAAACGGGCAAACUUGUCGAGAACCAAAACCGCGCCGCCCUUGAAACGGCUUCAGAAGGAGGUCGAAUCCUGCGCUCUGCGUCAAAUAGCCAAGGUCAAAGUGUGUCCACUCAAGGUCGAAGUGUGAAAGGUCACCAAGUUUCUUCCCAAGAUGGUCACAGUAUGAAGAGUAUAAGUGCCAAAGGUCACCAAGUCGUUGCGGCCCAAAGUGACAAUGACGACGAUGACCCUCCCAUCUGCCAAAUAGAGAAUGUCACCUCCAUGGCGCCACAGUCACAGUCAUCCAAUCAAAAAUCAGCACAACACCAACAACAAUCAUCAACCAAUCAGAAUCCACAACCGGCAGGAAGGGGCGGGAUUCUGAAGAUCCCCAGCGCCGCGAUUGGCCAGAUUUUGACAAGCACGAACGCCACUGGUCCAAAGAGCCUGUCGAUCACCACCACCACCACAACGGCGGCUACGAUUGGUCAAUCGCAAAGGGUUUCCAUUCCGAGCUCCGUCAUUGGUCAAAAACGACCACAACAACAACAACAACCAAUCAAAGUGGUGAUUGCUCAACAUCAAAACGGACAAAUUUUAGCAUCAAAGAAGCUGAUUGGCUCGAACCCUAAGGUGGGCGGGCCUGUGCAGGUGACGUCCAAAGCGGGGGGAGGUCAGCUGGUCGUGAUGUCAGCGAAAGGGCAACAGCCAUUGGCUCUCGGCCAGAUACUGAAACAACUCGGGAGCAGCCAGUUAGCCAAUGGCAGUAAAGUCUACCUGGCAUCCUCCUCCUCGUCUACUCCCGGUAGCCAAUCAACUCUCAGUAUUCCUGGCCGCCUGCUCCCCGGCCAGCCAAUCAAAUUGGUUCACAUUGUCACCCCGGCGUCGGCGUCUAGACUCCGCCCCUCUGCCCCUCAAGCAGCCAAUGGCCCGACAGCUACAGUUGCACCAUCCAAUAAGGCGAUAGAACAGAUGGUUACAGAGAAGGUUCCAGAAGCCAGCAAGGUCGCGGCAGAGGCAGCCAUCAAGCUCGUCAAGGUCAAAGAGGAGCAGGAGGAACAGGAAGUGGCCGGCAGCAGGGAGGAAGUGACAUCACGGCAGGUCUCGAAGGACCAGGAAGUGAACAGGAGGUCUGAGUUGUCGACGAAAGGGGGAGGCGGAGUCACCGACGCAGAGAAGACGCAGCCGCCGGAAGAAGAGGAGAGUGCGUGUUUGCUGUGCGAGCAGAGUUGCCCCGAUCCCAUCCACGGCCUCUUACGCUGUCUCCGCCAGUGCGACUCAGAUUCGUCCGGCGACGAAGACGAAGGACGAGAAGAAAACGAAAUCAUACAGAGAGGGGGGGAGGAUGAACGGAGUAUGAGGAAGAGGAAGAGGACGAGGAGAGAGAGAGGCAGAGGAGGAGGAGAAAGAAGAGGAGGAGGCGGAGGAGAGGAGGUGCCAAGAGUGACUCUACGACGUCUGCUGACCCUAUUAAAAGCAUAUGAAGAGGUGGCCAAGGACUCCCCGGCCGGUUUCUCCCCCAGCGAAGAGCAACUCCUCUGGGCAUCACGCCAGUCCAGACUCCCCCUCAUGGUGGUCCGGCGCUGGUUCAAGAGGAUGAAGACCCAGAAGGCAAUAUCCCUGGACAGCCCUCCUCCUCCACACAGCAAGGACCCCAAGACAAUGAGGAUCAAGAGUGAGCCGUUGGACUCGGAGGAGAAGGCCGACAACGAGCCGCUGGACCUGUCCCUACCCAGAGAGGUCAAGAUAGAAGAGGAUGGUGAGGACGAAGAUUUGGAACAAGAAGAAGAUCCACCAUCAUCAUCACCACCACCACCGCCACCACCCCCACCAUCAACAUCGUCAGUGUUACCAAGCAACCAGACAGCCAAUCCGGUGAUCAACAACCCCGUGGUGAACACCAAUAGGAGCUUGGCACCCGUUCCCAUGGUGACCCAGACGGCAGCAGCCAUGCCCAGGGCUUACGCGAUUCCCUCGGCCGGUGGGGGCGUGACCACCAUCUACGUAACCCAGCAGCCGCAGCAGGUGGGCGGAGUCUCCAGCCCCUUGCAAGUCGCCCGAUUGGUCGCCAUCGGGCCCGCCUCCACCAAUCAAACGCCGGCGGGGAUAUUUGUGGAUGGCCAACAGAAGGUGAUGAUCCCGAGGUUGGCGUACACGUAUGCGGCCACACCCACGGCUCCCGUUGUGGAGCAGGACGCCAGAGCUGAUUCGUCACCUGCUGUCACCACGGGGGACGACCGGCCCACGAGCGUCCAAUCAGCAGACGAGCCGGAGUCAGUCUCCUCCCCCUCCUCCCCGAGAUCUGAACAGAGGCAGUUGGCUGAGUAUUCCUGUGACCUGUGUGACAAGGUCUUCCAGAAGAGCAGUUCACUACUGCGGCACAAAUACGAACACACAGGUGCUCGGCCCCAUCAAUGCCUGGUGUGUCACAAAGCCUUCAAGCACAAGCACCACCUGGUGGAGCACCGUAGACUGCACUCCGGGGAGAAGCCGUUCCAGUGCCAGAAGUGUGGCAAGAGGUUCAGUCACUCAGGCUCGUACUCGCAACACAUGAACCACAGAUUCAACUACUGUCAACAGCGGCAGGAUAACGCCAAGACGCUGGCUUUUGAUGGGUUCGACGCGGCUAGCACGUCCAACAGCAUCGACGAAGAUGGCGACGUUGACAUAGAGGAGGACGAGGAAGAAACGACAGAACAGCAGAUGGAGCCUGACGAUCAACAAGAAGAACAGCAGCAGCAGCAGAGAGAAGACCUAGAGAAGGAGGCGGAGCAACAGAGCGGUGGUGACAAACGACAAGAAACAACAGAACAGGCAGGCGAGGUGCAUGAGGCGGAGGACGGCAAGAUGAAGGUCAUGGCGGCGGAGGACGGCGGAGGAGAAAAAGAAGCGACAGAGCAGAGAGAAGAUCGCGACGAAAAACAAGAACGGUAUCGCCGCUAUGCUGAGGAACGGAUGGCAGCCAUGCUGGAGCGCAAGAGGAACGGAGGAAAAGGAGGAGAAGAUGACAAGAACGCAGAAGACGAAGACAUGAUCAUUGACGAGACCGAAGAGGAAAAACGCGAACGGCAGGAACGAGAGGAGCACAUACGGCAGUUGAGGGAGAAAACGAAGGAGCGCGAAAGACAAGAACGCGAACGACAGAUUGAAAAAGAGAAACAGGAAGAACUGGAGAGACAGAGGGAGAGAGAGAAGACGGGCCAGCUUUGCAUCGGGAUGGAGGUGGAAGUGGACAGAGACGGUGGCCAUGUAGAAGGAGACGGUGGCCAUGUAGAUGGAGACGGUGAUGGAGGAGGAGGAGGAGGAGAGGAAGAGGACGACGACAUGGCGCUCAGUUUGGCGGAUAUUCGAGUCGUGCGAGUCGGUGAUUACUGGGCAGACAGCGACAGCGAUUGAGUUUGUAGUCUUUUAAUGCAUGCAGAUGUAUUGCGUGAUUGCACCAAAAGACUAUAUAACCCAAGCACACUGUGAUUUAUGCCAAUGUGGAGGAUGUCAAGAGGUUGUAGUUCACUAUACAUCCAAAAUGUAUUGUCUGAAUGCAUCAAAAGACUACAAGACCCAGAAAGAGUGGCAACUGGGCCAAUAGCCAUGCGUGCAAAUGACCGAGAGACUUUUAGGCUGAUCAGAACGGUGCGUUCGGAACUUAAGUGCUUAAGUGCUCACCCGCAUUCAUACCGGGACGAAAUAUUUCUGUCUGCGUGAACCUGCUGACGUCCACCUCAUCGUCACGGUAGAGAAAAAAAAGUAUUUUUGGCUAACCAACGUUCCAGUCCCCUAACAUGCAGACUUGUGGUGUGACCAGCAAAGUGCAUUUGUGUGUGUGUUGUGUCUAGUGUGUUUGUGUGUUGUGUCUAGUGUGUGUGUGCGUGUGUGUGUUUUUCUGUCACCUCAUAGGAAUCGUUUCUGAAGUGUAUUUUAAAUUAUGUGUAUUUUUUAAACAUAAGCCACAGAAUAGGCCACAGAAUAUUUUUGUUUUUAACUAACAUGAGUGAACAUUCGUCAUGAAUUCAACAUGGACUUGUCCUAUUACAAGGAAGGAUGCGAAUGUGUGAUUGAGAACGAGAGAGAGAGAGAUGCUAGUUUACUAAACUAAAUGAUUCAGGGUUUAAUUCCAGGUGUGAGACUUGUCAUGUGGGUCUUGGGAGGAUCCUGUCGUUAGAAGAGUGAUUUUAGUGCAGUGUGAGAAUGGACAUAUAUGGACAUAUAAUAAUAUAGAGCCUAGAGCAGUAGUGUUUCUCAAACUUUUUCAGACUGAGUAGGACCACUUUCUCCCCCCAAAAAAUGUUAAGGGACCACCUAUCAAUCGACUGAAUUGAGAGUUGACGGGUGCUAAUUUGACACCGCUGAUUUCGAUGCAGAUCACUCAAUUUGUAUUCACAUUUACAAGCCUGUGUCUUAUUGGGGGGGAAAUAAGACUUCAGCUAUGAGAAUGGACAUAUAGAGCCUGGAGCUGCAGGGCCCCCUUGACUCUUGGGCCCCUGGGCCUGUGCCGGUAGGCCUGUGCAUUUCUCUGUCCCUGUAAACGUUGUUACUGUGAAGAUGCCUCUUAAAGGUGCACUGUGUAAUAUUUUUAUAUUUUUAGCAGUUUCUUUCCAGAAUUCGUGCUGCCCAUUCACUAAUGUUACCUUUUUCAUGAAUACUCACCACCACCAUCAAAUUCCAAGUAUUCAUUAUGCACUUUUCAUACACGAAAAUGUGGGUCUUCUCCAUGUCCGCAAUUUUUUAGCUACAAACUUACUGUACUUUGGUCAUGCUGGUAAUUAUAAUUGUAUUAAUUAUUAGUAAAUAUUCAUGGAAAGAUCCAAUUUGGCAAUAGGCAUCACGGUUUCAAUAAGCAGCAUAGUUGCAAUACCUACUCUGGCCACCAUCCUACACAGUGCAGUACCUACUCUGGCCACCAUCCUACACAGGGCAAGACCUACUCUGGCCACCAUCCUACACAGUGCAGUACCUACUCUGGCCACCAUCCUACACAGGGCAAGACCUACUCUGGCCACCAUCCUACACAGUGCAGUACCUACUCUGGCCACCAUCCUACACAGUGCAUCUCUUGCAGUAAAUGAACCAAGCACUUCUGCCUGCUUAAAUUAAUGGUUCCGCAAAGAAGUUACAUUGGAAAAAAUCAGUAUUAUGAUUACUUUUCUUAACCGUAAGCACUCUUUAUUUCAAGUCAUGGUUGCCAAAAGACUCCAGUUAUUGUAGUAUUUUUAUUGUAGUGUUUUUAGAAGUUGUUUACAUGUAUAGUUUUAGUUCUCCCAUUGAAACCCAUUAUAAGACGCGCCUAUUGAACUUGGAAGAUGGCUUCGCACAUGUAAAAGUAUCUGCAUACUUUGAACCAGCACCUGUGUUUAACUUUAUGUACUUUUGUUAAGAAAUGUGUUUUUUUAUUAUUAUUAUUUCCUUAUUGUUGCCAAUAACAGUGUUCAUAUGUAGGAAGCACUCCCAAGUUUAGGACUGAAGGAUACUGCCAUACAAAGUCUGAUUUUUGACAUUUAUUUUAGUUGCAUUUGUAUGUUAUUUGCGAGCGGACGGGAAGCACUCCAAGAAGUUGUAAACCAGGAUAAAGUUAACCUUGAGCUCAGUACUACACCAGGAUAAAGUUAACCUUGAGCUCAGUACUACACCAGGAUAAAGUUAACCUUGAGCUCAGUACUAAACCAGGAUAAAGUUAACCUUGAGCUCAGUACUAAACCAGGAUAAAGUUAACCUUGAGCUCAGUACUAAACCAGGAUAAAGUUAACCUUGAGCUCAGUACUACACCAGGAUAAAGUUAACCUUGAGCUCAGUACUACACCAGGAUAAAGUUAACCUUGAGCUCAGUACUAAACCAGGAUAAAGUUAACCUUGAGCUCAGUACUACACCAGGAUAAAGUUAACCUUGAGCUCAGUACUAAACCAGGAUAAAGUUAACCUUGAGCUCAGUACUAAACCAGGAUAAAGUUAACCUUGAGCUCAGUACUAAACCAGGAUAAAGUUAACCUUGAGCUCAGUACUAAACC